AGAUGAAAGCCUACACGGAGAGCGAACUGCCUAAGACAAGGUACAAGAACUGCCUGACGAGGAACGGCUACCUCAGCGGACCCAGGAGAGGCGAGGUGGUGGAGAAUCCCCUGGGGGGUCCUGAGCCCCGCGUCCUCUGGCUCAGGGGGGACCAGUCCUCACCCCCCCGGGGCAACGUCGUCGUAGGGGUCAUCGGAGUCCUGGUGGCUGUCUGUGUCGUUCUAGGCAUCGUAGCCAUCUCUCUGUCCCAGUGCAGCUCAGAAGGUGUGAUUGACUCCCCUCGAGUGUGCCUCAGCGACCAAUGCGUAAGGACAGCUGCUUCGCUUUUGGCGGCGAUGGACCAAAACGUCGACCCUUGCGUGGACUUCUUCCAAUUCGCCUGUGGGACAUGGAACAAGAUGCACCUCAUUCCGGAAGAUAGAAGUAGUAUCAGUGUUUUUGAAGUAUUGUCCGAUCAGCUUCAGGUAAUCUUGAAAGGUGUUCUAGAAGAACCUUACAAUGACGAAGAUAGUCAAGCUACGAAGAAAGCAAAAUUAUUUUACAGAACGUGUAUGGAUAUAAAGCAGAUCCGGAAAGUUGGAGAUAAGCCCCUUCGUGACGCUUUGGACCGAUUUGGAGGAUGGCCCGUUGUUGUCGGAGCUAACUGGACACCUCCUUCGACUUCCUUGGAGCACUUGUUGGGGAUGCUGAGGGGUCUCUACAACGAAGUGGUCAUCAUCGAACAGUGGGUUGGCCCGGACGACAAGAACUCAUCAGCCAACAUCGUCCAGCUUGAUCAAAUGAAUUUGGGUCUUCCAUCUCGAGACUAUUACUUAAAGCCAAGUUCUGAAGCAGAUUAUCUGGCAGCUUAUCACAAAUAUAUGACUGAAGUUGCCAUAUUAUUAGGAGCCGACCCAGCCACAGCAGCUAUGGAACUGAUGGAAGUUAUACAGUUUGAGAAAAAAUUAGCAAAUGCAUCGCUUCCUCAAGCUGAUCGUCAUGAUACAAGUUCAAUUUACAGGAAAAUGACAAUAAAACAUUUGAAAAGUCUUGUACCACAAAUAGAUUGGCUAGAAUAUCUAAACACAUUCCUCAGCUCUCCCGUUGAAGAAACUGAAACUGUUGUGGCUUAUGCAAUGCCUUACUUUGUGCAGAUGGGAAAAAUAAUAUCAGAAAGCAAUAUAAAAGUUAUAUACAACUAUGUCCUAUGGAGAUUGGUAAUGACUGUUUCUCCACACAUGAUAGAUGAUUAUCAGGCGAAACACACUGAAUUUCGCAGAAUUCUCCAGGGCAUUCAGUCUGAAAGAAACAGAUGGAGUCAAUGUGUUGACUGGACUAAUAAAAAAAUGGGAAUGGCAGUAGGAGCACUAUAUAUUAAAAGAAAUUUCAAUCAGAAUAGUAAGGAAACAGCUCUUGAAAUGAUUCACACUAUCAGAGAAGCUUUCAAUGAGCUGUUAGAGGAAAAUCAUUGGAUGGAUAAUGAAACAAGAGCAGUAGCAAAAGAAAAAGCGAAUGCUAUGAAUGAGAGAAUUGGAUAUCCUGAACUUCUCACAAAUCCAGAAGAACUGAACAAAGAAUAUGUCAUGCUUAACAUUACAGAAGACCAGUUCCUCGAAAACGUAUUUAAUAUUUUUCAUUAUGACGCUCUGCACAACCUCCAACAAUUAGGUCAACCUGUGAAUAAAGACAAGUGGUCCACUGAACCAGCAAUAGUCAAUGCUUUUUAUAAUCCAAAUAAAAACGAUAUUGUGUUCCCAGCUGGUAUACUUCAACCUCUGUUUUACAGUCAACAUUUUCCCAAAUCUUUAAACUACGGUGGUAUAGGAGUAGUGAUUGGUCAUGAAAUAACUCAUGGAUUUGAUGAUAAAGGCCGACAGUUUGACAAAGAUGGAAAUAUGAUGCAGUGGUGGAACAAUGCUACAAUCCGUGAGUUUCGUGAUAGAGCGCAAUGCUUCAUAGAUCAGUACAACAGAUACAAAUUAGAACAAGUUGAUCAAUUUGUGAAUGGAAGAAUGACCCAAGGUGAAAACAUUGCUGACAACGGUGGCCUUAAACAGUCUUAUAGGGCUUAUAAAAAAUGGGUUACUCAAAAUGGUGAAGAACCAAGACUUCCUGGAAUAAACCUGACUCAUGAUCAACUAUUCUUUCUUAAUUAUGCCCAAAUCUGGUGCGGCACAAUGAGACCAGAGGAUGCCCUCACCAAAAUAAGAUCUGCAGUUCAUUCACCGGGUCCUAUUAGAGUAAUAGGUCCAUUGUCAAAUUCCAAAGACUUUUCUAGAGCCUACAGUUGUCCAUUAGGUUCCCCAAUGAACCCGACAAGUAAAUGCUCUGUUUGGUGAAAAGUUAAAAGAACAUGAGCCGAUUUUCUGCUUAACCUUCCUUGGAAAGGUUGCUUGCCUUUUGGUCAGCUGGUCUCUGACAUUAUCAUCUAACAGCUGUUGGUUUAAAAUAUUUAAACUUAUACUUGUAAUUGAUUUACAUAAUUUUGUAUUUUCGAAAGAUCGUUACUAUCAUUUGUUAAAGCGAUCGAAGAAAAGUUUAAAGAAUUGAUCUUUGCCAUUCUGCAAAGCCAUUCUUCACCAUUUUAUUAUAUUCAUUCCGCUUCUAGAUUUUUGAAUAAUUAUUUUUAAUUAGGUAUCAUUGUAGAUCGCGGUCUACUAAGUCAGAGACCAAAAACUAUGCUAAGAGUGCAUAAAAUAUUAUCAUAAUUGGAUAAUCUAAAGUAUAGAAACAUUAAAUAUAAAGAGUAAGUAUUUAUUUUAUUACGUUAACAAAAAUAAGUUACCAUAAUUACCUGCAAACUUAUUUUUUUUAGCUGUUAUUAAAUCCUAAUGUACCUGAAAAGACUGUGAAAUAAAUUAAUGUAGGUACAAUUUAAAUAAUUGAAUGAAAUAUUCUAUGUAAUUUUGAUCUGAAAAUUUCUCUUUAUAUAAUAUUCAAGUCAGUAUUAUGUGUUUAUUUUAUUUUUGUUAUUAUUUAAGGUUGGAUAAUACUACUGUUAAGAAAACUACCCUUAACCAGUCACAUUUAAGAAACUUUUACUUUAAAAGAUACUUGCUUUUCAUUACUAAUUCAAGUUGGAAAAUAUUUUCUGUUGGUAAAAAUAUUUGAAUUUAAUGAUAUUUAUAAAAUAAUUUAUAGUUUUAUAUAUAAAUGAUGUACCCACUUAGAAUUAGAAAAUAUUAAAAAUAAAGAAUUAAAGUUAAAUUUAUCAGUUUUGUACAUAGGCAAUUCUUAUUUUAUUUGAAUAAGGGAGGAUACAAAUAUUGUCAGGACAUGGAUAACAUAAUAUAUAUUUUAGAAUAGUUACUUUGCCUUAUAUCUUUUGUUUCCAGAUCAUUUUUUAAAAAUUAAAGCAACAUUAUAAAGAUAUUUAAUGGACAAAUCGUAAGGAAAUUUAAAAAUUAGUUCAAUUCAGAGAAUAUUUUAACUAGGUAUCAGCCAAUCAUUGUGUUAAUUAAACAAUAUUAUUAUUUGAAAGUGUUAUCAAUAUUUAGACAAAUCAUUGAUAAAAAAAUUAUCUGGAUUUCUUUUAUUACAGUCAACGUUAUUCAACAUUUUUAAAAACUAGUUUAGUGUUUCCAAUUUAUUUUAUUAUGGAUUAAAAAUUACUUAUAACUAUUAAAGUAUUAGAUAAUUAAUGUAACUAAAUGGUUGAAAGAGAAAUUAGUUAAAAAAUAAUUGAAGAAAUGGAUAAUUAUAUAUGUAAUAAAAUUUCAUGCUUCAGUAUAUGGAAUGUGAGAUGCACCCCAUCAUCCAAAGUGAUUUAAAAAAAUCAAUAUAUAUUUUUUUUUCGUUAUUACAAGGCCUAUUUAUAUUUAUUUUAAACUUGCAGUAAACAUAAAUGAUGAUCAAAGCACAGUUUUUGCAAACUAAAUUUAACUUUAUCAAUUAUUAAAACUUUAUUGGGAACUUUAAUUUUUGUACGAAAUUAUUUUAAUCAAAAUAAGUACUUAUGAAAAAAAAAAAACCUUAAAAAAACAGUAACAGUACCGAUUCUUUGUAUUGAAAGGAAAGUAUUAAGACAUUUUACUGAAGAUAUAAUUAUUAAAUUAAUGAAAUAGGAUCUCUCAAAUAACUCCAAUGAAUUGGAGGGUUCAUAAUUUAUUAAGACUCAUCAAUCUUGUUGACCUAAUAUCAACAAUUUAUUACUUACCUAAACCCAUUUUCGAUAUUUGAUACAAUUGUUUUCACUUCUGGUAAAUGAAACACAAAUUAUUAUGAAUUUAUUGUUUUUCUUUGUCAGUUGUGAUUUCUGUUUUGUAUGUUUUUACUUUUAUAAGAUUGUAACUAAGAACAAGUAAAAGGAUUUAAUUAGAAUAAAAGCUCAUUAUUAUCUUUUAGAAAUUUUUAAACUUUUAUAUGUUAUAAAUCCAUUAAGGAUUUUAAUUUUAUGAGUGACAGCAGUUCAAGUAUAAAUUUGUAAAAACUAUAGGUUAUUUGCACUUAUGUAUAAAAUAAGAUUAAUUUAUUAUUAUUUCCUAGUAUGCUGAUGUAUUUAAGCAACAGCAUUCUAUAAUUUGUUAAUACUUAAUUAUUAAUAUUUCUAUAUAAUGAAACACAAACUUGUGAUGCUGAUGGUUAUUGUAUUUAAUAAACACUUGAGAAUGGAGCAUUUGUGUUUAACUUUAAGAAUCCUUUAGUUUAUAUAAGAAUGUGUUAACUUUUUUUAUGAUAAGGAAUUGUGUAGGUUUUAAAAUUAUGACAUAUCCUAAACCUAAUUGUAUCAGAAAUUAUAUUUCUAAAAUAAUUUAUAGUACAUCAUAGAAAUUUAAUGUUUUCAUGAAUCAUUAAGCUUUAAACUAAUAACGCAACAAUAAUGCUAUUAUAAUGCUUGUUUAGUUAGCAUGAACAUGUAAGCUAUAUAGAUAACACUAAAACAUUUCAGCCUUCAUUAGAUAAACAAACUUUAUUUGUCAAUCAUUUUUAUGGUUUAUUUUUUAUUCAUGAGUUUUGAUUGUAAUGUGACACAAGCACAAUUUUUUUUUUUUAAUUGUAGUUUGUAAACAAUUCUUCUUACAUUCAAUAUUUAAGCCAGAUGAAUAAAGAAUAAAUUAAAAAUAAAUAAAUAAAAAUAAAAUGAUUGGUAGCAUAACAUAUGAAGCAUCUAGAUGGAAACGGAUGUAAGUGGAAAAAUAUUAAUUUUGAGAUAUUAACUUUAAAUUACCUAAUUGUCCAUAAAUCUUUGUAAAUUGUGUAUUUUGAAAAAUACAGCCAAAUUGGAUUGCAAAUGUGCUUUUAAAUAAAAUAAAAUUAAGGAAAAACUGCUAUUAUUCAUCCAUGUUGUAAUGAUAUUCAGCACUCUCUAAGCCGAAUCCUCUCAGAUGUUCUUUGACAAUCUUCCAUAAAACUAUAAUUAUAAUAAAAAGUAUUAUAAGAUAUAUUUUUAACUUUAUAGUUUUAUUAAUUUUUUUUGAAAAAGUCGCCUUUGUAGCAUUUUUAUACAAGUUAUUAAUUAUUGUAGUAAAAGUAGGUAUAACCAUAUCAAAGUACAGAAAGUUGUCAUGUCUUUGGUUAAAUGAAUAUUUUAAAAAAAUUCUCACUUGCACAUUUUCACCAACAACUAAAUAUGAUUAUCCCUUAUUAUCUCAACACAAGUCAAUUUUUUUAAUUUACACUUACACCUUUUAGCAUCUAGGUUCUUCAUUUGUUGAAAUGAUAACUAAUUUCUACGCAGGGUAGUAAACUAGAGUAGCAUUCUUACUCCAAAAAAAGAAAAAAAAAAAGAAAAAAUGAAAUGAAAUGUUAUUCAUAAUUAAGCUUAUUUUCAUAUUUGUGAGAAUGUUUGUUAUUUAGAAAACAAAUAUAAUAUAUCAAGUAUUAAAAUAUAAAUAUGUUCAAUGUCUUAUUUAUUUAAAAAUUUAACAAAAUGGUUUAUGAAAUUUUGUUUCUUUCAUUUUACCCUGUCAAUGGUAUAUAAGAAAUGUAAUUCUGAAUGAUGUUUAAAUUAAAAAAAAUAAAUAAAUAAUAAAAACAAUUUCAUUAUUAAAUAAUACAUGACUGAGUUUAAACAUCUGAAAUGGAUUUUAGAAAAUAUUUAUAGUUGUUAUGAAGUAAAAACAUAUAAAAAAGUCUAUUUCCAUACCAUCAAAAUGAAUUAAGUAUUUUUUAUUAUUAUAUGUAUUUCAUGUUUCUUUUUGAUGUAUGCGAAGCACAAUCUGAGAUUUGACAAAGAAUAAAAAUUAAAUGACAAUGUAAAUUUUCAUUUGGAACCCCCAACAGAACACUUAAUCAAAACAAACUGUAAAAAAAAAAAAAAAUUAGGAUAAGUACAUAAAGGAUUCAAACUUGAUCAAAAAUUAUUUCAUAAUGUAAUAUAUUAAAAAAUAUUUAUAAUAAUACAAUUUUUAUUAGUAGUAGGUAACUUCAUUAAGAAGAUAAUUAAUGAUUCUGUAUAUAAAGGAAAAUAAAUUUUUUAAAGAAUAGUAAUAUUGACUAUUUUGAAGGUUAUUUUAGAAGUUUUUUUUUUCUUUUGGCUUAAUAGACCUUGUACAUCUUUUGUCACCUUAAACAGCCUUUUCCAUCUCUUUGUAUCUUGGAAUAUUGCUUCCUAGUCAUCUGCAUGCAGUUCUUAAGCAUCUUUGUUGAUUCAAUCUAUACAUCUGAUUUUUACCUCAUAGACAUUCAUUGUUGUAUAGAAGUUUCCUGUUGGGCUGUUCUGAAAUGUAUUCUGUGCCCAUCUCAAUAUACUUACUUUCAAAUAAUGGGAUAUUGAUUAAUGAGUUUGUGAAACCAGUUCUUCAUUUGUACUUCUCCUCCAAGUGUUACUAAACUAAUUCCAGAUUUUUUGGGAUUUCAAUAUUAUUGAAAGAGAGAACAUAAAUCUGUUGUUUUAUGCUACUUUGUUUCUGACUGUUGGUUAUUCAUUGAUAUUAUUUUAGAGUCAAGGUAUAUUUGAAUUAGUCUUCUCUUGGUUUCUCUUCUACACAGAUCCUGGUGGAAUGUUAUUUUUGGCUUAAUAUCAUAUAUUUUGUUUUAUCAUAAUUUUUGUGAAGGCUGAUUUGCUCUGAUUCUCUUAUCAGAUCUUGAUACACAUCUUGAACUACUUCCCAUCAUAUUUUGAACACUUGUUUUAGAAUGAAGAUCUGGUAUAGCCUGUUCCUUUCUCUUCUGAAUACAGGUUGAUGGCUGCCUAUAAUAUUUUCAUUAUAGUGAUAUAUGCAGUUUAACAGAAUAUUGGUAAUUAUUUUGUAGGCAACAGGGAGAAGUGUUAUGCACUCUUAUUUGGAGCCCUUUUUUAGGAUAGGGCAGAUAAGGCCUGCUUUAUACUUCACUGCUUACUGCUUUAUACUCCACGUCUUUGUUAUACUUUCCUCCUCUCAUUUGCAUACUUAUUUUCAUGAUUAGUUGAAGCAGCUAAGUUUUUUGGUAUUACAAGAUGCCUGGAUUGCGACCUCCCCAAAAGACUCCUCAAGAAUUCCUAAGAAGACCAUUCUACCCCAGCAACUUCUUGACCUAAUCUACACCAAACACAGUACCAGAUUAUUAAGACAACGUACUAUUGACCGCAGCUACUAUAAUUAUUACAGCAAAAAGUUAAAACUGGAAUUAGCCACCUUCAGGUCACAAUCCUUAAACUGCUACCUAUUCUCUUUGGACAAUUCUCUUUGGAAAACUACAAUGAAAAUCCUUGGUACCACUUAAGCCUUGAUUUAACAAUGUUAUUAACA